CAGAGGGGCGGAAGCGGCGGCCGAGCGGGGCUGCAGCUGCGGGCGGUGCGGGUGCUGGGCGCCGAGCGCGGGGCGCACCGCCUCCCGGGCGCUCCGAGGUGCGGGAUCCUGACGCGGGGGCCUGACGGGUGACAGCGCCCCACCAAGCCGCCGAGCCCAGGCUGCAGCGCUCGUCGCCUCGGAGGAGAUUUUCUGCUAUAAUGGCAGCCACACGAGGGAGGACGAAGAAAAGAACGUGCUAUGAUCAUUCUCCGGACAGCCUUCCUCUGAGGAGCUCCGGGAGGCAGGCAAGGAAGAAAGCAGCAGAGACAGCAGAAGAAGAUGAAGAUGGCGGGUCGGAGAAGAAGUACAGGAAGUGUGAGAAGGCUGGCUGCACAGCGGCGUGUCCUGUGUGCUUCGCAAGCGCUUCCGAAAGAUGCGCCAAAAAUGGCUAUACGUCCCGAUGGUAUCAUCUCUCAUGUGGGGAGCAUUUCUGUAAUGAAUGCUUUGACCAUUACUACAGAAGCCACAAGGAUGGAUACGAGAAAUAUAUCAUGUGGAAAAAAAUAUGGACUAGCAAUGGGAAAACGGAACCUAGCCCCAAAGCUUUCAUGGCUGACCAGCAGCUCCCCUACUGGGUUCAGUGUACAAAGCCUGAGUGUAGAAAAUGGAGGCAACUUACCAAGGAAACUCAACUUACGCCACAGAUAGCAAAGGCUUAUCGAUGUGGUAUGAAGCCAAAUAAUGCUGUCAAGCCUGAGGUCUCAGACCAUUGUUCCCUCCCUGAGGACCUGAGAGUGUCAGAAGUCUCCAGCCACUGGUGGUACUCCAUGCUCAUCCUACCUCCUUUACUGAAAGACAGCGUGGCAGCGCCCCUGCUUUCUGCCUACUACCCCGACUGCGUCGGCAUGAGCCCCUCCUGCACCAGCACCAACCGUGCCGCCGCCGCUGCCAGCAGCCCUGGGAAGCUGGAGCACUCCAAGGUGGCCCCCUCUGCACUUGUUCCAGGCAUGAACCAGUACUUCCAGCCUUUCUACCAACCCAAUGAAUGCGGCAAGGCCUUGUGUGUGCGGCCGGACGUGAUGGAACUGGAUGAGCUCUAUGAGUUCCCUGAGUAUUCCCGUGAUCCCACCAUGUACCUGGCUUUGAGAAACCUCAUCCUGGCUCUGUGGUACACGAACUGCAAAGAAGCACUUACUCCUCAGAAAUGCGUCCCUCACAUCAUUGUCCGGGGUCUGGUGCGCAUCCGUUGUGUGCAGGAAGUGGAAAGGAUACUGUAUUUUAUGACAAGGAAAGGUCUCAUCAACACCGGAGUCCUCAGCGUGGGAGCCGACCAGUGUCUUCUUCCCAAAGACUAUCACAGCAAAUCCGUCAUUGUGAUUGGGGCUGGUCCAGCAGGAUUAGCAGCUGCAAGGCAACUACAUAACUUUGGAAUUAAGGUGACUGUCUUGGAAGCCAAAGACAGAAUCGGAGGCCGCGUGUGGGAUGAUAAAUCUUUGAAGGGCGUUACGGUGGGGAGAGGAGCCCAGAUUGUCAAUGGCUGUGUUAACAACCCGGUAGCACUAAUGUGUGAGCAGCUUGGCAUCAGCAUGCAUAAAUUUGGAGAAAGAUGUGACUUAAUUCAGGAAGGUGGAAGAAUAACUGACCCCACUAUUGACAAGCGCAUGGAUUUUCAUUUUAAUGCUCUCUUGGAUGUUGUCUCUGAGUGGAGGAAGGAUAAGACUCAGCUCCAGGAUGUCCCUUUAGGAGAGAAGAUAGAAGAGAUCUACAAGGCCUUCAAGCAGGAAUCGGGGAUCCAGUUCAGUGAGCUGGAAGAACAGGUGCUUCAGUUCCACCUCAGCAACCUGGAGUAUGCCUGUGGCAGCAACCUGCAUCAGGUGUCUGCUCGCUCCUGGGACCACAAUGAAUUCUUUGCCCAGUUUGAUGGAGACCACACUCUACUGACACCUGGCUACUCUGUAAUCAUUGAAAAAUUGGCAGAAGGGCUGGACAUUCGGCUCAAGUCUCCAGUGCAGAGCAUUGAUUACACAGGGGAGGAGGUACAAGUCACCACCACCGAGGGCACAGGGUUUUCUGCACAGAAGGUGCUGGUUGCUGUACCCCUGGCCAUGCUGCAGAAAGGCGCCAUCCAGUUUAAUCCCCCGCUCUCAGAGAAGAAAAUGAAAGCCAUCAGCAGCCUAGGGGCAGGCAUUAUUGAGAAGAUCGCCUUGCAGUUUCCAUACAGAUUUUGGGACAGUAAGGUUCAAGGGGCUGACUUUUUUGGACACGUCCCUCCCAGUGCCAGCCAGCGGGGGCUCUUCGCUGUGUUCUACGACAUGGACCCCCAGAAGCAGCAGAGCGUGCUCAUGUCUGUGAUCACGGGCGAGGCGGUGGCGUCCCUGCGGACCCUGGAGGACAAGCAGGUGCUGCAGCAGUGCAUGGUCACCCUCCGGGAGCUGUUCAAGGAGCAGGAGGUCCCAGAUCCCAUCAAGUAUUUUGUUACCCGGUGGAGCACAGAGCCAUGGAUACAGAUGGCAUACAGCUUUGUGAAGACGUGUGGAAGCGGUGAGGCCUACGACAUCAUUGCCGAAGAAAUACAAGGGACCAUCUUUUUCGCUGGGGAGGCAACAAACAGGCAUUUUCCACAAACCGUUACAGGGGCAUAUCUGAGUGGUGUUCGAGAAGCAAGCAAGAUCGCAGCAUUUUAGAUAGACUUUAUCUGGACUCAGCCUUCUGUACUCCAAAUGGUAUAGUUUGAAACACAUUAAACCUCAUUUUUGCAAGGGAAAAAAACACUUUGGAUAGCAAAAACUGAAAUGUUGUUAAGGCAAUAGAAUGUAAGCUCAUUUUAGCACUCUGAAAGCACUGACCCAGAAUUCCUUUCGUGCACUUAUACUUGUUUGCACUGUUCACAAUUCCAACUGUGCUGUUAAAGACUUCUGGACUUUAUUAUAAGGCAGAAUGCCUUAAAAGAGAACGUGGAAUCAAUUUCUUGCAUGGUUGACUGAUCAGUUUUCAUAUACUGAAAAACAAAACCCUUCAAGGAGGAAUCGCUUCUUCACCAGAGAAAGCCACGUGUUUUUCCUGUGACUCAGUAGCUACCAGUGAGCCUUAAUAUCUUACAUAACUCUACCCUUGAGCCUCUACUUCUUUUUUAAAUACAGCACAAAUUUCCAGUUGGGGAUAAAACAGUCUUAAGAAGCUGUUUUAUAUCGUACAUAUUUCUUCCCAUUAGGUGUUCACAAAAAAUUUAAAUUCUGGUCUCUUUUGAUAAAAUGUUUUACAUUUGUACACUCACUGGCAAAGUUGUGAAGUUUUUAACUGCCUGCAGUUACAGUACUGGGACUUUGGUCUUCACACUCAACACAGGUUAUUGUUCUUUUUCUAAAGCCAAAUCUAAGUGAACAACGCUCUUCAAAUGCCCUCAAAGGUUUUGAGAACCACUAGCAAAAUGAUCUUGUAAUAAAAACUCUUCCAUAUCUG